UAUUAAAUUCUCUUCAUGAUGUUAAGUUUUUCUCUUAUCACGAAAUUUCAAGGUAAUUACUACUCGUUAAAGCCUCACAAGGCUCCGGUGAUUGAGAAAGACAUGUACGAACAUGAACGGCAUACAGAUAUUAGUAUUUUUCACAUCUUCCUUGUGCUAAAUUAUUUGAAAACAGUUGAAUUGAAGUAGUUAAUGACAAAUUCUAGCAAGUUGUUGACUUAAUAUGUCAUUUUCUCUUUGUCAUUGUUCAGGUUAAAACUAAUCAGGACAAGUAACUUUGCAUGACAAUUAUCGGCUGCAUAAACUAAAGAUGCAAGAUUUAUUAGAACUAAGUACAGCGAUGGUGAUGUUUGUACAUCCACUGGAAUGAACGAUUGUAGAAGUACAAUAUUUUCAUUGAAAAUACAUCAAAGGUGACAGCUUGAACUUGGAAAAGCCAAGAUCUUUGAACUAUCAAGGUAUACAGUUAAUUUCUUAGAACAACGAAUAUCCAAUUGUUAUGAGCCAGCUUAGAUUGGGCGGAACAAGGAGAAAAAAUAAUGGUAGCUUGUGUAAACCAGUCUUAAUCAGCCGUCCAGUAUGCUAGACUUCACAAAAGUCCAAUAAGAAGAAACACAGAAAUGAAAAAGAGAAAAGGAAGGAAAGGAAAAAUCGAAAGGCAUUCAUCAUCAUGUUAUACUUUCGUUAGGAACUAGGCUGUAAGAUGCUGUAUAUUGCACCCAACAAGGCAGACCCCAAAAGCUAUAUGUAUGUUUCUUGUCAUCUCUUGUUAAACAAUCAGCUGCAGCCAUGAGCUUCCAUAUUGAUCGAAAGCUGAUCUUUGAAUCUCUACAAAAUUCCACCAGCAAAACUUGUAGCAGCUAUUACUGCAACCCAGAGGUGUAUCAUUCUAUAGUUUGUCCACUGCAAUGCUACUAUACUUGCCCGAGAAUUUGUCUGUUUACAGAAAUUGAUCCAUCACCACCACCACCACCUAAUUUUGAACCCGAAGUUCCUCUUUUGCAGUCUCCACAUAAACACACUGAUUCCAUCUUCUUCAUCCUUCUAAUUUCGGUCUUAGGCAUUGCUCUCUACAUAUUUUGUGCCUACACCAUUCACAAAUUAUGCAACUCAAGAACUUCUUCACAACCAGAGCAGCAAGUAGUAGCAGAAGAAGAACAACAGUUUGGUGAUAUUCAAACAGUGGGUCUUCAGCAAUCAGUCAUCAGCGCCAUCACAAUUCGCAAGUAUAAAAGAGGUGAACGGCUAAUUGAAGGGGCAGAAUGCUCUAUUUGCUUGAGUGAGUUUAAAGAAGAUGAAACACUUAGGAUUUUGCCCAAGUGUAACCAUGCUUUUCACAUGCCUUGCAUUGACACUUGGCUCAGAUCACACACCAACUGUCCCAUUUGCCGGGCCGGCAUUGUCAUCACAAUACCCCCUACUACAGCUUUCAAUUGAGUGAAAUUUGUGACCGCGUCAUCUCAAAGCUUAAAUUGUU